UACUGUCCUACUAGGCUACUACUCUCCGACGACUCUCGCGGUUGUGUGGACACAUCCUUCCAUCGCCAUCCCCUCUCACCCUCCUUCUUCCAGUAGGAGAUGUUCUGCGUUCCCGACUGGGAUGGUCCCCUUCUCCGUACAAGCCCUGCUUUGAUUGAGAACGAAUUGCCGGGGCUGAUCUCGCAUCAAGGGCCGGUGACCCACGGUGACCCGGUCCUGGAGAGAUCGGCGCCGGUGCAGCCCGCCGCCGAUGCAGGGGAGAUCGGAUCGGCGGCGGUAGCGGAAGCGGCGAGGCAGCUGUUCACGGAGGAGGACGAGGUGGCCUCUUGGAUCCAGUACCAGAUCGGGGAGGACGGCGGGUGCGAUCUGUACAGAGAGCUGCUGGCGGCCGCCACCGGCGCCGAGACCCCGGCCGAUCGGGGAGACGCGGAGAAGCUGGGGGUGGAGGAGUCGAGGGUGCCCGCGGUGGUGGAAGCGAGCGAGACGCCGGCGGCGGACGGGCAGGCAGCGGUGGUGAUGGGGUUGAGGAGAGAUCCGGCGAGGUCGCACGCAGGGGACGGCAGGAAGCGAAAGGCGAGGGCGGGUGACGACUCCGGGUGCCACAGCGAGGUCCGUCCACCCCCAUUUCUCCAUUUUGAUGCUGAGUUUGAAUCUGGUGACAAAAGGAAAGACACACAGAGAUCUGCAUCCAUAAGAAGGUCGCGUGCUACAGAGCUCCACAAUCUUUCUGAGCGGAGGCGUCGUGAUAGGAUCAAUGAGAAGAUGAAGACCUUGCAAGAACUAAUUCCCAGAUGCAACAAGUCAGACAAAGCUUCGACAUUGGACGAGGCCAUUGAAUACUUGAAAUCACUUCAGUUGCAAGUCCAGCUGAUGUCCAUGGGGCCAGUGAUGUUUCCGGGCGUCCAGACGUACCUGCCACCCAUGGGGACAGGCAUGGGGGUAGGUGUGGGCAUCGGCACAGGGGCGAAGAUGGGUCCGGCGACGGACACUGGGGGCCUGAGCCGCCCGGUGCUUCAGUACGGACCUUUCUUGCCAUGUCCUCCUAUUGCCGCACCUGUUCCAGCUCAGUUUGACCCAAGGCUCUUAGUACCGUCUUUUCAUCCACCGACUAUGGCAACAGCCGAUCAAAUCGGAGCUGAAGCACCUCGUCAGCGAGAUCCGACCUCAUCAAACUCGGUCAGGAUGCAGGGCACGAAUAUGUUUCAAACCCGCGAUCCCUAUUAUUAUUUUCCCGGCCUUCAUCAUCUCCAUGGAUCAUCUCAGGUAUUUAUGUUUCUUCACAAUUAUCCCUAUCUUGCCACCUCGGGACGACGCUAUCUCAUUUCUUUUAUCACAUACUUGAAGCUAUCUAUAUAUGAUUAGGGUUCACAUUUGGAAUGGAAUUAUGGUAUGUUACAGAUGUAGGUGGAACCGAGGUGAUGGUCCAGAUAUUCGUACUAUUACUAUUGUUUCCCGGACCAACUUUUAGCAGCCAUUAUAUUUGCUAUCUGAGAUUGUUGGUAACUUUUAGUCCUCAUUGCCGUCCAGCAGCAGUUUCAAAACUGAGUUUCGUCUCUCCUCAUCAUAAGUCACAAUAAAUAUUACAUUCACUUGUUAUAUGGAUUUUUUUUUUCAAAAAAAAAAAAAUGAAUGCUAUUUGUAUAUCAAUAGAUUCUUGCAAUUU